AUGAUAUUCGAUAUUCUUUGGGCUCUUUCGUUCAAUUCAUCUAUUCAACAACAACUUCAAUCUAAUCAACCAUUCAUGAUGAAAUUAGCUCAAAUCGAACGCGACUCUAGCGAUGAAAGUAUGCGUAAGAUCGUGAAUGGUAUUCUUUGGAAUUUGAAUUCGAAUCAUGGAGAAUAUACCGCGUUGGAAAAUCGUGAUGAUACAGCGUUUGAUAUAAUGAUUAGUUAUUCACAUAAAGACGAACAAAUAUGUAAACAAUUAUAUGAUGAACUCAUUCGAGCUGGUUAUCGAGUAUGGAUUGAUUUCGAUCAGAUGCAUGGCAAUGUUAUGGAUGCAAUGGCACAAGCUAUUGAACAAUCUCGAAUGAUUAUCAUAUGUAUGAGUGAACAUUAUCGUCAAAGUAAUUAUUGCCGAGCCGAAGCACAAUAUGCGUUUCAACAUCAAUUAAAAAUGGUGCCGAUCCUUUUGCAAAAACACUAUAAGCCUGAUGGUUGGCUUUUAUUUCUCACUAGUCAAUUACUUUAUGUUGAUUUUACUAAAAAUAACUUUUCGCAAGCAAUCGGCAUGUUAACGAAAGAGCUCACCGCAGUACAUCUGUGUGAUAAUACGCCCACCGUGACUGUUCAGCCGAAAAGAGAUAAUUUAGAGCUAUCCACUACUUCCUCUUCUUUGACUCAAUCACAGAUACAAGCGGUGAUAUUUCCUGAAAAUGUACAAGAUUGGACAAAAGCACACGUACAUCAAUGGCUAUUAGAGAACAAUCUUUCACACAUGGCCAGUAUUAUGUCUGAUAUUGACGGCCUGAGUUUAAUUUAUCUAAGUGAAUAUAUGAUCAGUAGUGAACCACAACAAAUUUUGUCAUUAUUUCAACAAGAUUCACUUCAACGUUCAAAUCAAAGUGUGUCACUGCUCGAAUUGUCUCGUUUUCGUAGUUUAAUCGAGAGAAAUGAUCUGGCAUCGUUGGCAUCUAUCAAACUGUCAAUAAAAUUAGCUCAUAAUAAGACGGUCAAUGAUCAUGCACGAUCUUGUCGCUUAAUGUAG